AGGACAAAAUUAUAUAAAAGAUAACCCUAAAUAUUGGCCGACGAUUUCAACACACCACUCGUCCUCAAUUGACCCCCAAAACGGAUUUCAUCGCCUACUGCUGCUAUCGAUCCCUACCAUAUUCUUCAGAUCACGCCGCCGCAUCCACCACCACCACCACCACCGUCAACCUCCGCAUCGACCACCACCACCAUUAACCUCCGCAUCGAGCAGGUUGGUUUCUUUCAUUCAUGGCGGCUUUGAAGGAGCUUUUGCCACCUGCAAAAUCAUCUUCUUCCACCUUCUAUGAUCAUUCAAGCGACCCAUGGUUUAAGCAAAGAUACAGCGCCCCAACAGAGGAUGAACAUACUGAAAUCAUCAAAAAGAACCCUGUCCCAUUAUACAACACACCUGAGCGUUUCAAAUACCGGCCCUCAAAACCACAAGACUUUGGUGAUGGUGGAGCUUUCCCCGAGAUACACUAUGCACAGUUCCCCCUUGAUCUUGGUAGGAAAAAAGAUUCAUCUUCUGGACCAAAAACCCUACCUGUAACAGUCGAUAAACAUGGUAACUUAACAUUUGAUGCGAUCGUGAAGCAAAAUGAAAACGCUUCAAAGAUUGUUCACUCACAGCACAAAGAUCUUGUACCCAAGAUUCUAAAGGAUGAAGAAGAUGAAGAAGAUGAAGAGGAAGUGGAGAAGCAGAAAAAGAUUGAAGAAACAACCCUUCAAACAAAAGCAGCUCUCGAAAAGAUUGUGAAUGUAAGACUAAGUGCAGCACAACCCAAAAACGUUACCACACAAUCUCAAGAUUCAAAGUUCAUCAAAUACAAACCCUCACAACAAUCAUCCGCGUUCAACUCAGGGGCAAAAGAGAGAAUCAUUAGAAUGGUGGAAAUGCCAGUUGACCCAUUGGACCCACCAAAGUUCAAACACAAAAGAGUCCCAAAAGCUAACGGGUCGCCACCUGUCCCUGUCAUGCAUUCCCCUCCUAGACCCGUAACAGUAAAAGACCAACAAGAUUGGAAAAUCCCUCCAUGUAUUUCAAACUGGAAGAAUCCAAAAGGGUACACAAUUCCACUUGAUAAACGUUUAGCAGCAGAUGGAAGAGGGCUUCAAGAGGUACAAAUCAAUGAUAAUUUUGCCAAACUUUCAGAAGCUUUAUAUGUAGCUGAACAAAAAGCAAGAGAAGCUGUUUCCAUGAGGUCAAAAGUCCAAAAGGAAAUGAUGAUGAAAGAAAAAGAAAGAAAAGAACAAGAACUCCGCGCAUUAGCUCAAAAAGCAAGAUCCGAAAGAACCGGGACCGCAACCGGACCACCUCCUGCCGCCCCACCGCCGCCUCCCUCCGGGAAGAGCAUGAUGGAUGUUGACGAGAGAGAACCAAGAGAACCAAGAGAAACAAGAGAGACAAGAGAGGAGAGAGAGGAGAGGAUUCAGAGAGAGAAGAUUCGGGAGGAGAGGAGGAGAGAGAGGGAGAGAGAGAGAAGACUGGAAGCGAAAGAUGCAGCAAUGGGGAAAAAGAGUAAGAUAACACGGGACAGAGACCGUGACAUCAGCGAGAAGGUGGCGCUGGGGAUGGCGUCAGGAGGGGCGGCGCGUGGUGGUGAAGUGAUGUACGAUCAGCGGUUGUUUAAUCAAGAGAAAGGGAUGGAUUCAGGGUUUGGGACAGAGGAUCAAUACAAUGUUUAUGACAAAGGAUUGUUUACAGCUCAGCCUACUCUCUCCACCUUAUACCGCCCUAAGAAGGAUGCUGAUGGUGAGAUGUAUGGUGGGGCGGAUGAGCAGAUUGAGAAGAUUAGGAAAACGGAUCGAUUUAAACCGGAUAAAGGGUUCACGGGUGCCAACGAGAAAGCGGGUCCCAGGGAUAGACCCGUUGAGUUUGAAAAAGAAGUCGCUGAAGAAGCGGAUCCAUUUGGUUUGGAUCAGUUUUUGACCCAAGUCAAAGGAGGGAAGAAGGCGAUGGAUAAAGUUGGAAGCAGUGGGACCAUGAAAGCAAGUGGUGGGGCUUCUAUGCGUGAAGGGUAUGAAGGUUCUGGAAGGAGUCGGAUUGGGUUUGAAAGGGGGCGAUAGAGAGAGUGAGAGUAAGGUAUGGAUUAAUGACAUGAUCAUAAACUCGCUUUAUAUUUUAAUUCUUGUGUUUUUGGUUAAUGGAUAUCUCUUUAUCAAGUGUUAUGACAUAUGAUGAUGGCACUGUGAUUUGUACUUUUUAUGUUAAACUUGUACUUGGCUUUUGUGAUUUCGGUAUUUGAAAAACUAUUAUGUUUGUUUA